GUUACCUGCACGUCAAGAUACUUGUCUUCCAUUAACCCCUGAUUUCCUUCUGAUAAUUUCGUUUUCACAUUGUGUGAAAACCGAAGACACCCACGUAUCCUUCCCUUGCACGAUACACGCAGUAAGUUUUACAGACACCGCUGAGGCACAUGGGGGGUUACUCUUGGGUCUCUGCCUACUGUAACGCCUUUGAAAAAUCUAUUCUAAUUUAAUCCAAUUCAACAACUGCCAACAAUACCCAGAAAGAAAAAGAUAAAAUCUUUUCUUCAGACUUCUUUAAUUAUCACUGUUCUCAAUGCUUUAUCUAUAGCUUUCGGUGCUUCUGCUUUUAGGGUUUCAUCUUCUCUCUCUUCUACGCAUUCUCAGUUUUCUUGGUGUUAGCCAUCUGGGUAGUUUCAUUCCUGAGGGAUUUCUUUUCCUUCCUGGGCUUUGCUGGGGACUCUUUCUGAACAUAUAUGGGCUGAAUCAGGCAUUUCAUGGGAGUCUUAGAAGAUAAUGAACCUCCCUUGAAACGUGUAAAAGGGACCUUGGAGGAGUCAAAGAGCUUUCUAGGACCUCCAUCAAACACAGAGCCUGUUUCUUGCUCUUUGGGAGACUUGAUGGCUAGGCCUUUAACCUCCCAAGGGGAUGGGGAAACAAUUGGUUCAAGAGGAGUCAUCAAAAGAACAGAAUUCAUCAAAAUCAUAAUUAGGGCAUUGUACUCGCUUGGCUAUGAUAAAAGUGCAGCCCUUCUAGAGGAAGAAUCAGGAACAACAUUGCAUUCAUCUGUGGUGAAUUUGUUUAAGCAACAAGUGAUGGAUGGGAAAUGGGAUGAUAGCAUAGCGACAUUGCAUUUGAUUGGUCUAUCAGAUGAAAGAAUUGUGAAAUCAGCAUCUUUCCUGAUAUUGGAACAAAAGUUCCUUGACCUUUUAAAGAUGGAAAAUGUCUCUGCUGCAUUGCAUACUUUAAGGAGUGAGAUUGUGCCCCUUCAAAUCAAUAUUAGCCGAGUUCAUGAGCUUGCUGCAAAUGUCAUCUCUCCAUUUCAAUGUUUAACUCUCGAGCCUUCUGGUCAUAAUGCUGAGGUGGCAAAUUCGAGGUCUAAAAUUUUAGAAAAUUUACAAAAGUUGCUUCCUGCUGAUGUCAUGAUUCCGGAGAGAAGGUUAGAACAUCUUGUUGAGAGGGCUCUUGAUGUACAGCGGGAUGCUUGUAUGUUCCAUAAUACCUUGGAUAGUGACCUCUCUUUGUACUCGGAUCACCAGUGUGGAAGAAAUCAGAUUCCUUCUCAAACAUUAAAGAUACUGCAAACACAUAGGGAUGAAGUUUGGUUUUUGCAAUUCUCUCACAAUGGGAAAUAUUUGGCCUCAUCAUCAAAAGAUUGCUCAACCAUAAUAUGGGAGGUUAAGGAAAAUGGUCAAGUUGCAUUGAAGCAUUCCCUAAGUGGUCACCAGAAAACAGUAUUAACUGUUUCAUGGAGCCCCGAUGACAGCCAACUCCUUACCUGUGGGCAGGACAAAGUUAUCAGACGUUGGGAUGCCAAUGUUGGGCAAUUACUCCAUGUUUAUGAAAAAUCUGCAGUUGGUGUGAUUUCCUGUGGAUGGUUUCCUGAUGGUAGAGGUAUAUUUGCUGGAAUGACUGAUGGGAGCAUCUGCCUGUGGGAUUUGGAUGGAAGAGAGCUUGAAUGUUGGAAAGGACAGAGGAUACGCAGAAUAUCAGAUAUGGCAAUAACUAAUGAUGGAAAGAGGAUCAUAAGCGUAUGCAGAGAAACUGCAAUACUAUUGCUUGAUCGGGAGGCAAGAUUUGAUAAAUUGAUUGAAGAGGAGGACAUGAUUACUUCAUUUUCAUUAUCAAAAGACAAUAAAUACUUGCUUGUUAAUCUAAUAAACCAAGAAAUUCAUCUAUGGAGCAUAGAAGGUGAUCCUAAGGUUGUAUCAAAAUACAAAGGCCACAAACGUACCCGAUUUAUCAUUAGAUCUUGUUUUGGAGGAUUUGAGCAGGCUUUUAUCGCAAGUGGGAGUGAGGAUUCACAGGUAUAUAUAUGGCAUAGAUAUUCUGGGGAGCUCCUACUGGCGCUGCCUGGGCAUUCUGGUGCUGUAAACUGUGUGAGCUGGAACCCAGCAAACCCCCACAUGUUGGCUUCAGCUAGCGAUGAUCGGACUAUUAGAAUUUGGGGAUUGGAUCACCAAAACCACAAACAUAAUCACCAUGUAAGUAUCUAACCGCCGAUUGCAAUGGAAGAAACUGACUAUAUAACUUCCAAUCUUCAUAAUCAUUUGUGUAGAUUCUGUAAUCAUUUCCUUUUGUUCUUUGGCAUUCAAAUCUGACAAAAUGCUGAUGCAAUCUGCCAAGAAACAUUCAGCUUGUUAUCCAUUGUUUUUACUUAAAUUCUUAUGCAGGAAUUGCAUUUC